GGCGGGGAUCAACUAUGCUCGGCGAUAGAGCGUCGGCGCCGCGACGGCGGGAUCACGCAGACGCGUCUGGACCUGCGUCGAAUGUCGGCGGACGCGAAACGGGAGGCGAAAUCCGGAAGGCAGACGUUCCAGCAUCGCGCAGAUGGCUCUCGGACUGUCCGUGGUGACGGCGCACUAGUCCUCUCGCGAUCGACGCGUAAAACCCCGCGGGAUAAGGCGCAACGAAACAGCGUCGGCGUUUACGCACGUGAGUGUCGAGGUUUCCAUCGAUCCCACGGUAUCGACGAGUAACAGGCGGGUCCGUCCACCCUGUAGGUUCUCUCUCCCGCUACGUUCGCGAACGCGGCGUCGCGACGCCCUGUGACGACACAUCCCGAGCGCGAACCGGAGCACCAGGAGCCCAGGCCGCAAUGACGUAUCGUUCGAAGAUCGCGAACCACCUGUGAAUCGAGACGCGGGAGUACCUCUGGGAUUAUGAGCGUGCGUCUGAGUUUGUGAUUCCACUCGGUGUAAUUGUGCGCCGAGCGAUCGGUGAAACGUAUUACAGUGUGUGACAGUUACGGAGCAGCCCGAUUGAUGACUAGUUGGAAGAUCAAGGAUAACAAACAUGAAAUACUUGAAAGUCGCGUUAUUCACGUUCAAUCUAAUGAUAUGGUUGGCCGGCUGUACGGUACUCGUUCUAGGCGCGUGGUUACUCCUGGAGCCCAGUAAGGGAGACAUCCUCAACCUGUUCGUACCUAACGCCCAGCCGCACGAGACUAUUAAUUUGCUGGCUUACAGCCUCCUCGGGCUCGGCUUCACCGUGCUCACGGUCGGCUUCUUCGGCUGUCGCGCCGCGCUACGCGGAAAUCAAUGCAUCAUCGCCACCUACAUGAGCAUGUUGGUCGCGCUCAUCGUCACAGAACUGGUGACAGCCGCCAUCGGCGGGCUGAUGACUUUCCAAAUCUUGUCCGACCUCGAGGGGAGGCUCACCAGCAAGCUGACGGCCGACUACGGUCACGAUUCGACCAGCGACAUACCCUUCAGCCAGAGCCUGGACUUCGCGCAAUAUAAGUUUAAUUGUUGCGGAAUUUACGGCGACGAGGAUUAUAAUGGCACGGCCUGGUGGAGGGAUGCGCAAAUCUCGGGGAACAAGAGACAGGUUCCUCUAACGUGUUGCGUGCUCAAACAAACCGAGAAUAAAAAUACGGGCAGCCCGAUGAGCGUCGUCUCCAGGGUUUUUCACAAAAAUAACGAAAAACCAUGGCUGCAUCCGCAGCCGAAGGAUGAGGCCGCGUGUCAAGUAGGAGACAGAGAGGGUCACGACGGAUAUAGACACAAAGAAGGCUGUCUCGGAAAAGUCACUACCUGGCUGCAGUGCGAGAGUUUCACGCUGGUGUUUCUCGGAAUGGCGAUGGCAGGGAUACAGACAUUCGGAAUAAUAACGUCCGCCUUCCUCUGCCGCACGAUAAGGGAUAUGCAGGAUGAAUGAUCCAUCAUUCGCGACCUCAGUGAAGUGAAAAGAAUGUCGCGGCAUUGACAACACUGAGGCGAAGAGAACAGGAGAAGAAACAUAUUCAUUUUGUAUUUUCGUGUAUCGAAACUUCGACAACAUUUUUGAGCUUUGUUUCGGUCUUGUGGGGAGUCGGGACAAUGACGGGACUCGCCGAAUCGCGAUCGAAAAAUCUCGCGGAACGAAAGUAAUCCGAAUUUUUGUUCCAUUCCGCGAAGUGUAUGACCGUAGUGAACUUUUAACGUAAGACAUAACGAUAAGUGCUACGCUUGAUCGAUACCUUUAGAUUACUCUCACUUGUGCGCACGUUUGCCGCGCGACGUUCUCGAGUCAGCGAGAAUGUGACCAAUACCACUCCGCUGUAUAUACAUGUGUCAAUAUACGGUUUUUAGAAUCGGAGCAGUGUCGGCCCAGUACUGGCGUAAUAUCUAAAUGAAUAAGGGGUCUGUUCUUCGUUGCUGAUCUAGUGCGCACUUUCCAAAUUAAAAAAGAAACAGAUAUAUAGCUGCGACUUCGUGUAUAAAGAAGGGAGAAAUAGAACUAGUGCAAGCUCGUGCAGCCAGUUCAGUUACAAAGAACAUGCCUAAGGUCGGGCCAACGUACCAGUGUCGAUGCGACACUGGUCAUCGACAUCAGCCCGACGUUGUGUUGCGAGCAAGAGUUGGCCAACCUUUCUCGAGCUGAUGUUGCGCCGCGAUCGGAUAUCGGCUUUUUGCGAGCGGCAUCUCCGGUCCGCCCAAUGCCGCUGGCCAAGUUUGAAGGCAACGUGUUGCUUCGUCGGUGGUACUUCCGGUGCCCACGUAAGAAUCGACUACCUUGUCUGGACCGACAACGCGAUCGAAUAAUAACAGUCGGUUUGGCGUGAUAACGCCGACAUCGAUCCGAGAAUCGGAUAUCAGGCGAGAGUCGGCAAAUCGUUACCGCAUCUUUGUCGUGUUCAAUUCAAGUACUGGCAAGUCGCGAUAUUACGACAAUAUCUCCGUAAUCUCGCGAAGAUCACCGGCAAGGCUCGGCCGAAUUGUUAGCCGUGAAGUUUUCACCAUGUUGUAAAUACAUAUAUAACGGUGCCAAGAUGUCAAGCGACUGAAUACAUGCGAUGCGUACGUGAGAACUUUUGGUCCUUUUUCCUUUUUUCUGGGAAAUUUACCUAAUUCGAGACGCGAGAUCAUUUUUAACGUUAUACAUGCAUUUUUGGAAAGAUAUGUUUUUUUAAUAAAUACCGUUUAUAUGAGUGUAUGUAGAGGAGUUUGAGGCUUAGUGGGACAAGUAAAUAUAUAGUCAAAAUGACACCCAGGAGAAUUUUUCUAGAUACAGCGUUAGUAUGUUAAAAUAAUAUUGUCUCCUGUAAUUGUACGCGUUGAAUUAUUUAAUUGUUUAACCAGCCGAGUUUUUUAGCUAUAGAUAUGCGCGGCUGGAAAGAUCAGGAAAAACAAAAUUUCUUUUGUUUGGGAACAUGUUAUUAAGUUCUCAUUUCCCAGUAAACACCAAAUAAUACAAUAUCGAUGUUUAGUGUCCGACAUGUAAAUAAUGUAACUGUUACAUAAUACACUGUGUAAUAUCGAUGUUAUGUUAUUGAUACUUGGUGUUUACUAGGCUGUCUAUGUUUAAUUAAUCUAAUAUAAUUGAAGUUUAUAAUAAUGCCGAAAUAAUCUUUCUCCAAGUCUUUUGGCAAUUAGAAGUAAGAAGAAAGUUUAAAAGAAAAAUACACGCCCCUUCUCUCUCCCCAAUCAGCCACAUUCUUCUCUAAUAUAAUCGUGUGUACGUGUGUAUUAGAUUCUUAUAGAUAUUUAUCGUCCAUUUUAUCUGAAUGGAUGAGAUGCACAUAUAUAUAUAUAUAUAUAUUCUGUAAUCAAGGAAACGCUUUCCUCUCCAAAACUAAUUUUUGAAGAAUGUAUUAUGAUAACUUAUGCCAAAGGAAUUUAUUGUAUAAUGAGUGAUACAAAUUUUAAUAUAUUUUUAUUUUAUCAAGACGGCUGGCAAGAGAGAGAAUUAUUCCGAGUGUUUAUAGAACGCGUCAUAAUGAUAAUAAAGAUG